CGGCGGCGGCGGCGGCGGGGUCACGGCGGGCGCUGCUCCGAGAAGCGGAGAUGGCACCGACCCUGCCUGCCACCAUCAACAUCCGGGAGCCUCGCUGGGACCAGAGCACCUUCCAGGGCCGGGCCAAGCACUUCUUCAUGGUGACUGACCCCAGAAACCUGCUGCUUUCGGGGGCCACGCUGGAGGAGGCCCGCCAGGUGGUGGAGGACUACAGGGCGGGCAAGGUACCCCCAGGGCUGACGGAAGACCAGCUCUGGCGGGCGAAGUACAUCUAUGACUCGGCUUUCCACCCCGACACGGGUGAGAAGAUGCUCCUUGUGGGACGCAUGUCUGCCCAGGUCCCCAUGAACAUGACCAUCACCGGUUGCAUGUUGACCUUCUACAGGACCACUCCGGCUGUGCUGUUCUGGCAGUGGGUCAACCAGUCUUUCAAUGCUGUUGUUAACUACACCAACCGUAGUGGGGAUGCGCCCAUCACCCCCAGCCAGCUGGGUACAGCUUAUGUGAGUGCAACCACAGGGGCAGUUGUCACAGCACUGGGGCUCAAGUCUCUCACCAAGCACCUGCCAGCCAUCAUCGGCCGGUAUGUGCCUUUUGCAGCUGUGGCUGCUGCCAACUGCAUCAACAUCCCGCUGAUGAGGCAGAGAGAGCUCAAGCUGGGGAUCCCUGUCACGGAUGAGAAUGGGAACCGCCUGGGUGAGUCCACAGCUGCAGCCCAGAAGGCCAUUUUCCAGGUGGUGGUGUCCCGCAUCGGCAUGGCAGCCCCGGCCAUGGCCAUCCCACCAGUGAUCAUGAACAUGCUGGAGAAGAGAGCUUUCCUGAAGCGGUACCCGUACCUGAAUGCUCCCCUGCAGGUCGGCCUGGUGGGUCUCUGUUUGGUGUUCGCAACCCCGCUGUGCUGCGCACUCUUCCCGCAGAAAAGCUCAAUGCCCGUGAGCCGCCUGGAGUCUGAAGUUCAAGCUCGGAUCUGGGAGAAAGACCCACGGCUGGAGACCGUCUACUUCAACAAAGGGCUCUGAACGGGGGUCCUGGGACAGUUAAAACGUGUGCUGUGGAGCCACUGGGCCAGCACAUUGCUGAGCUUCACCCCUCAGAGCCCUUUGGAGCUGCUGCCGCUUUCCCUUGGCCAUGUCUCUAGGACCCAGGUGCUCGACCCUGCUUCCCAGGAUGCCCACAGCCACACAGCACCACCCCAAAGCCUGACCCUGACACCAGGGACUUUGCGAGUGGGGAUGUGUAGUGGUGAAGAAAACCAUGCUCCCAGCUUUAGGAGACUGCAGACAGUCAUGGCUCUUGAGGGUUGAACCCCUUUGCAGGCAUCCCACACGUUCCCCAGCAGUUCAGCAGCUGGGGCCUAGGGGUGGCAGAACAGCUUUCAGAGAGGACAACUUCCCAUACCCACAAUCAACAUGAGUGAGUGAUUUCAAGUACAGACAGUGGCUUGGAGGCAGGGAUAGGGGCUUUCCCAGCCCAGGCGUGUGCUCUCUGCCCACCCUCUGCUCUCCUCUGAGCUACUCCAGGGAUUUAAUCUGGCUUUCUGCUCUUUCUAUCCCCAGAGCAAAUGGUGCAUUUUAAUCCCCGCAGAGAGUUCCUGUUCUCAUUUUUAUGCCAUCUCUGUUCAGUGCUGGGCUCCCCCUGAGGGGUCACUCUACCCCCUCCUGGAGCACUUGCUUUCAGGUGGACCUUCUCAAAUAGCUUUAAGUGCACUGUGGUUUCCUCUAGUUAUUUUUGAUAUAUGUAUAAUGUACCUAUAUAUACCAAAUAAUAAAGGCAGAUUGUUUAUACAAAA